UGUUUCGUGAGUUUUCUGGAAAUGAAAUCACAAGUCAAUGUGUCCUGAAACCAUGUGACACUGUGUCAAAGUCUGUUUACGGGUGUUACUGUUGCAUAUAUGCAAUAGUUGUUGUUGCACCAGAGGGAGCUGUGUGCAGCCUGAUAAACUGCCUCAAGUGAUGUCACAUGUGUCAGUGUCAGCCAGGAUGGAAGACUACAAAUGUGAAAAUGAAAUCUGCGUAGAAAGGAGUGAGGCUGCACCUCAUCUCUGCUUGAGGCUAGCAGGUUAAGGCUACAUUAGAAUAACACACCUGAUCCUUUGGCUUUUGAUGGUUAAUUUGCAUUGUGGGCAAUGUAGGCACAACAUGUUGACAAGAAAAAACACAUAAAUCUGUUAAGAAAGGUCCUCUUCACGCAUACUGUACAACGCACUAUAGAGAUCAUCAAAGUUGCCUCACAGCACGAAGGUUCCUGGUUCAAAGCCCUGCAUUUCAUACACAAAGGCCAAAGGUUUAGAAAAUGCAUUAAGAGGUUAAAAAAAUGAAAACAUGCAUACAAUUCUGACAUUCUAAAAGAAAUAAUAACUGAAUUGGGAUCAAGUGGGGAAAAAAACAUGAUCAGGACAUCUCUGUCCCUGGAUAACUGUUCACCUCUGUACAUACAUGUAUCCAGCUUGCUCAUAAGAGGUGAAGUCUGAGCAAUUCAGAGCUGUGACUUUACAUAAUGCUCCCUGGGGAUCUUCAUUGAGAAACUCAGUUCUGUGUGAGAGUUCUGUGCCCAGUGAACCAUAUGUAACGAACACAAGAAAACCCUGUAGCAUGAGGCCCAAACCAGCAGCCCUGUAGUCUCACAGCUGUAUUGCAGACAAAUAUGACAAAGGUUGAGUGUCUUGGACGACUGAGUUGAUAUCUGAUGGCCUCAAGUCUUGACAGCCGACUUGCAGGCAGCCUGUCCCCUCUGGUGUUCCCAAACAAACCUCCGACAACACGAACUCUGGCCCACUUCUCACAGAGGAAAAAAACACAAAUAGCCUUUGAGUAAAAAAAAAAAAAAAAGAGGAAGAAAGAGGGGGGGGUUAGAAAUAGAGAAUUUCACAAGUAAAUAAUGUGCAAAAAAAUGAGGAAGAAGCUAAAACAAGAGAAGGAGACUAAGUGGGGGAAGAAAAUAUUACACUGUAAAUUCCCCGACAAACAACAGGAACACAGAGCACAGCAGCUCAGAUGAGUACAAAUUAUUACCACACAGCAGUGUUACUGUAUAUGGGAGAAGAUGGAGAGAACUGAAAGGUUUGGCGGGUGUGCCAGAGCUGCAACAGCACUCCCUAGAGGAGCGACCUACCUGGAAAAUGCAGUUUUGGUAAAGGCCAUUCUAAGUAAAUCACUGCAUCUGGUCAUUCAUCAUUGACGGGAAAAAAGGAACUUACAGUUGGAGGAAGGACAUCCAAGCUUCCCUCUGAUCAAGUUCUGUCUGUUCAAAAGAUGUCAACAUCCAGCACAGACAGUAUAGGAAGAGGAACCAAAACCUCAAAGGAUCAUAAAAAGCCGACGGCAUCUGCCCUGAAAGGAGCCAUCCAGUUGGGUAUUGGUUAUGCUGUGGGAAACCUCAGCUCUAAACCAGACAGAGAUGUUCUCAUGCAGGACUUUUCUGUGGUGGAGAGCAUUUUCCUGCCCAGCGAUGGCAGCAACCUGACUCCAGCACAUCACUUUCCAGAUUUCCGUCUGAAAAUAUAUGCACCGCUGGCCUUUCGCUACUUCAGAGAGCUGUUUGGAAUCAAACCAGAUGACUAUCUGUACUCCAUCUGUAACGAGCCUCUGAUCGAGCUGUCCAACCCCGGUGCCAGCAGUUCCUGGUUCUACCUCACCAGCGAUGAUGAGUUCAUCAUUAAGACAGUGCAGCCUAAAGAGGCCGAGUUCCUGCAAAAGCUGCUUCCUGGUUACUACAUGAAUCUGAAUCAAAACCCGAGGACAUUGCUGCCAAAGUUCUAUGGCCUUUACUGCAUCCAGUCCAGUGGCACCACCAUUCGCAUUGUGGUGAUGAACAAUGUGCUGCCACGCGCCAUGACGAUGCACUAUAAGUACGACCUGAAGGGUUCCUCAUACAAACGCCGUGCCUCGCGAAAAGAGCGUCUCAAGCACUCGCCCACAUUCAAGGACUUGGAUUUCCAGGAUAUGCACGAGGGCCUGCACUUUGACUCGGAUACCUACAAUGCCCUAAUCAAGACUCUGCAGAGGGACUGUCGGGUCCUGGAGAGCUUUAAGAUCAUGGACUACAGUCUCCUGCUGGGGAUUCAUGUUUUGGACAAAAAGCCGCUGGGCAGAGGAAGCCGGUGUGACAGCAGGAAAGGACAGAAAGUCCUCUACUCCACCGCCCUGGAGUCCAUUCAGGGGACUGUGAAGGACCCUGAACCAGUGGCUGAUGACGAUACAUUCGGUGGAAUUCCUGCCAAACAUAAAGAUGAGAACCUUCUUAUCUUUUUAGGGAUCAUCGACAUCCUUCAGUCCUACAGGUUCAUUAAGAAGGUGGAACACUCCUGGAAAGCUCUUGUACAUGAUGGGGACACGGUGUCGGUUCACAGGCCCAGUUUUUAUGCGGACAGAUUUCUGAAAUUCAUGGGAUCGACUGUAUUUAAAAAGAUUCAUUCUUUAAGAGGAGCCUCUUCAAAGAGGAAAAAGGGUUCCGUCUAUGCACAGAAGUCAGCCUCUCAGGAGUUUCUGUCUCCAGACAAGGAGGAAAGGAAGGAGGAGAAGAAGGCCCAGAGCCUGGACAACCUGGAUGGGAACUUUUACAGUUCCUCCAAGCAACCAGAUCUCCUGCCAAAAUCUGUGGUUUCUUUCGAAUCUACCAGAAAAGAUGAAGAGGAGCUUAAAAACAGUGAAGACCGACGAGACUCCAGUUCAACGAUCGCUUUGGAUGAUCCUCUGGCGGCUCUCAGCAGGAGCCAAUCAGACUCUGAACUGGAUGUCUACUUGGGGCAAAAAUCAUCUUCUUUGUUCUAUAGUGAGGAGAAAUGAGUGACAGCUCCAGCCACCUGUACUUCUGACCUUCGACCUCCAAGUCCCAGACGAGGCGAGGACAGAGGACAGACAUCAGGACCUCUCGACAGUGUAAAGGCUACUCAAACAACAAGCAGUGGCAGAGUGGCAGUGAGUUCUGUCACUGUGAGCAUCACUCCAUGCCUCUGGGACUUUCCCUGAUUAGUCAAACUAAAUGUGCCAAACCACUGGUUCUUUUGAAAAAGUCCCAACAGACAUGGAUAAGAUCACUGUGUUUCAAAUAAAACACUAUGAAGCUGUUUCUAUUCCUGUUAUUGUACAUUUUGCUGCUAAUUCAACAACAGUGCUUAAAGAAACCUUUCAGAUUGAUCUUUUCCUCUCGGAUGUCUGAUUUUAUGUGCAAAUGUUCAAAUUGUUUUUAAUCAGCUACAGAGAAAGUAAUUGUUAUUUUCGUUAUAUAUUAUAUUUUGUUAUAGAUAUACAGAGAUGUGUUGAGAUCAUUGUGGUUUCAGGAAUCUGAAUUAAAAAUGCCAACUCAUGAUGAGAUGUUAGAGCGAUGUUACGCCCUUAUAAACAUGGUGUAUAACUGAUUUUACCAUUAUUAAUUUAUUCUAUAUCUUUUGUCUGUUUUGUAUUGAAUCUGCUACCACCAUGAAAAAGAAGUAUUUGUUCAGUUUCUUGUCACAACAAGAAGGUUUUUAUGUUUUAUUGUUCAUACUGCAGCCACACGCUGUGAUUACAACCUUUCCAGGCAGUUUUUUUUUUGGUAUUGAUCUUUCAUACAUCAAUGUAUCAUUUUCUCUCAUCUUUCCUGGGAUUUAUUCAAACUAAUGCCUGUUAAAACUGCUUUAAAUCCAGCAGGUAAAAUAAUGAUGAUACUAUACAUUGGGGCAACUGUUUAAAAAUCUGUGCUUUAUUGAGAUUUAUAGGCCUUUAACUGUAUCAUAGCAAUACUUUGGUCUUGUAUCUGUGGAAUAAACUAAUAUUUAAUGUAA